AAAACUUACUCUCACCAUUUUUUUUUGACUCAUGUUAUUUAUCGGUCUUGACCACAGAGGCAGACGCGAAAACGUGGACGGUUUGUUAGGCUCAUUCUCUGCCCAAUGUCACAUUCAACCGAGUUGACAGUUUGACAAUCAGUUGGUGUCGAUAAAUACGAGUGACGGAGUUGGGACAGGUAACGCAGUAGCGCUAAAAUGACGGAACGCUCCUCGUUGUUGCUACGUAAACAAUUAGCAGAGCUCAACAAGAACCCCGUGGAGGGCUUUUCUGCUGGUCUCGUAGAUGAUGAUGACAUCUAUCAGUGGGAAGUGGUGGUCAUCGGACCUCAAGACACGAUCUUUGAAGGUGGGUUCUUUAAAGCCACCUUAACGUUCCCACGUGACUACCCCCUGAGGCCUCCCAAAAUGAAGUUCGUGUCAGAAAUCUGGCAUCCAAAUGUGGCAAAAAAUGGAGAUGUCUGCAUAUCCAUCCUGCAUGAGCCUGGCGAGGACAAGUAUGGCUAUGAGAAGCCUGAGGAGCGCUGGCUGCCAAUCCAUACAGUGGAGACCAUCAUGAUCAGUGUCAUUUCCAUGCUGGCCGACCCAAAUGGAGACUCUCCUGCUAACGUAGAUGCAGCCAAAGAGUGGCGGGAGGAUCCUAAAGGCGUUUUUAAGAAAAAGGUGGCGCGGUGUGUGCGGAGGAGUCAAGAGAUGGCUUAUGACUAAGGCCCUCACUCCAGCCAUAACCUCGAUUGGAACUGCACAGGGGAUUUGACAACUUGUUACACUUAACUUGGCUAGAGAACCACGGAGCCAUCAACUAGUCACCCCGACAAGAAAAAGAAGAAAAGACUCGCAGGAAAAAGUUGAACCCAUAUUUCUCUACUAAUUUGUGUCUUGCAGAAUGUGGGGUUGAUAUUCAUGAAUUAUGCUGAAUAGCGGAGGCAUUCAUGCAGCCAAAAGUAACAUUUUCCACCAUCCAUUACACCAGGCUCGUUCUGGUCGAGCAUUCACAGGAUGAUCAAUUAUACAGCUUCAUACUUUCUCUCAUGUACAUACAUUUUAGGAGAAAUCCCCUCCGAUGAAUGCACCAUUUUGUUAUUUAGUUUACAUUUAUAUUGACCUAUUUAUUUAGAGUGAGGCUGUUUUUAAGAUGCACAUCAUCUGUAAUGGAGUUUUUGUUUGUUCAUUUUCAACCUGCCACUCUUGAGCCAUCCAGUCCACAGCCGUUUUAAUUGAAUAUGCAAUUUUGCAGUCCCACUGGCUCAUUUUCCUGCACACCCUAAGCGUUCUGCAGAGAAAGUGAUCCUUCUCUCCCGAUGGGCAAACUCAUCAGCCAGCGCUGCCUUAAAGUCAACUGCCAGCACAGGAAACGUAUCUUCAACAAGGACUGCAUCUGAAGGCCUGUUAAGAAUCUAGAAUCAAACUCAUGGACAAACCAAAGAGAAUACAGAUUCAAAAAAAAAGUUUUAAAGAACUUGCUACUUUUUUUUUUUUACUUGUGUAAAUAUGCCAUUUGUCCUUGCGCCUUUGAACACUGCACGUGUACAGAGAGGCGGUAUGUUGAUAUUGUACAGUAGCGCUUGAACUAGGCAUUUUUACAGAAGACAUUCUGACAUGUCACAGGAGUAUAUAAUUAAGUGGCUUCAGUUUCAGGGUGCUUGUUCAACUUACUCAUUUAAGGUUUGCUUUUUAACUGAGGCACCUGAACAGAAUGCAGCUACUUUAAUGUCAUCAGUAAAACUUUUUACAAGUCAAAAUGUCUGCUGUAGUAAUUGCCUAUACCGGCAUAAUGGAGCUGAACAGGUAUGCUGUGAAAAAUAGUAAUAAACCUUAUUGUGGAAAUGUG